AGGGGACAGUUGGGUUGUGGGCAGUCCAAAGGAGGUAGGGUGUGUGUGAUAACCAUCCUGGAGUAGGGGAUAGGGGAUUAGUCCACAGGAAGCAGCAGAGGAGUGAUAACCCCAUGGUGGAUCUGCUGUGAGGAGGAAGGACCCAGGAGGAUGUCAUCAGCCGGAGGAGAGUCAGCCAGCUCGGAGCUCCAAGCAGGUGUCAAAACCAGCACUCUGAGACGGGAGUCCAGGAGGACUAAAGGUCAGGACCGCACUGAGACGGGGCUGAUUAAGCGUUUCCGUGGUGAUGGCGUGCGCUACAAGGCCAAGCUGAUCGGGACUGAUGAGGUGACAGCGGCACGCGGGGACAAGCUGUGCCAGGACUCCAUGAUGAAGCUCAAGGGAAUGGCUUCGUCAGCGCGCUCCAAAGGAGAGCACAAGCAGAGAGUCUUCCUCACCAUCUCCUUCGGGGGGAUCAAGAUUUACGACGAGAGAUCAGGGGUUCUGCUGCAUCACCACUCAGUGCAUGAGAUCUCCUAUAUCGCCAAGGAUACCCGGGAUCACCGGGCCUUUGGCUACGUCUGUGGGAAGGAGGGACACCACAGGUUUGUGGCCAUCAAGUCUGGCCAGUCGGCGGAGCCACUGAUCAUUGACCUGCGUGACCUCUUCACGCUCAUCUACGACAUCAAGCAGCGAGAGGAGAUGGAGAAGAAGUCCCAGAAGGACAAGCAGUGUGAGCAGGCCGUCUACCAGACCAUUCUGGAGGAUGAGGUGGAUGAUCCAGUUUACCAGUACAUUGUGUUUGAGGCUGGACAUGAGCCCCUCCGUGGCCACCAAUCAGAGGAGAGCGUUUACCAGGUCCCUACCGCUACCAGUCAGCAGAAGGGAGAAGGGAUCUAUGACGUCCCAAAACGCCAUUUUAUGACUAACAUCAACCACUUUGAUCUGUUCGGAGACAUGUCCACUCCACCCUCGAUGCCCCCGUCCCCGGCCAACUCUUUGGACCCCAGCAGGAGCCACCACCAGCACCAGCACCAACACCCCCCAGAGAUGUUCACCGGCCCCUUCAGCCCCACCUCUGUCCCCUCGGGGUACAUGACCAUGGGGCCAGUCCAGGCAGCCCAGUGGGCCCAGCAGGGAUCCUUCUCUGGCCAGGCCCAGACCCUGGCCUUUGGGGUGCAGGGGCCCCUCCAGGUUACCCAGGUCCUCCCGGGAGGCCAGCCCGUCAUCUGGAGCCAGGCCAACAUCUUCCCUGCCACCCAGCAGCAGUGGGCCGCCAUGGCUGCCUAUAUGCCCGCCCAGGCCGUGGGCGUGGGGGGUCACCACCUCCCCAUGAUGGUGCCCAUCACCACCGUGUGCCCUGGCCCCCAGGGCCUACACUACGACCUCUCCUCCACCCCCUCCUCGGCCAUUACCAGCCCCCAGCACCAGGCGAUGGACCCCGCCCUGCUCCAGCAGCUCCAGCAGCAGCACAGCCUCAGUGGGGAUUCUGACGCAGGAGAAGGCCCCUCUUCGCUGGGCCUUGUCAUGGUGGGCAGCAGGUGUGGAACACCUGGGCCGAUGAGUCCCACUUCAAUGGGUCUGGGUGCUGUGGGCAGGUGUGAGACGCCUGUUAGCCUUGUCAUGAUGGCGAGGUGUGAGACACCCGGCCCUGGUCCAGUGAACGUGCCUCCUGACACCCUGGUCUGUAGCCAGCUGUGCCUGGGGUCACCGGCUGUGAUGUCACCAUUGGCCUUGACCCAGGAAGAGGAAGGCAGCUGUAGUGACCUUGACCUCUCUCGGAUGACCUUGAGUCCUGGCACGUCCACCUCACCGUCCACUGACUCAGCCCCAGCCCCCCAGCCUGGACCGUCCUCAGACUCCGCCUCGUCCCAGACCAGGGACCCCCCCACAGACCACUCUCCCAUCCAAACACAGGCCACACCCCCCAGCACCAGGGAGGAUGACUCGGGCUUAUGCACCAGGGCUCUGUCUCCCUGUCCAUCCGGAGAUGCUCCACCUGAUUCUCCCCAGGCCCAGAUUUGUCCACAGGAAGACAGUUAGAGAACUCUGGGAGAAGGGACCUCUGUGACCGUCAGGAGGAUAGAAGAAGAUGAGAGGAGAGGAGGACAGCGGACUGAGAGAUAGAGGAGAGGAGGACAGCGGACUGAGAGAUGGAGGAGAGGAGGACAGCGGACUGAGAGAUGGAGGAGAGGAGGACAGCGGACUGAGAGAUGGAGGAGAGGAGGACAGCGGACUGAGAGAUGGAGGAGAGGAGGACAGCGGACUGAGAGAUGGAGGAGAGGAGACUCUGGACUCCUAUGUCCCUCCUAAUAACUUGAUUACGGAUCUCUGUUCUGGAGAAUGCUGAUAUUGGCAACCUAAAGCAGCAAUAUCAUAGGAUUGGCUUCUUUCCUGAGCUGGACAGCACAACACUCUCCUCACAUGCUGUCUUUCCCCCCCAGCCAAUCGGAAGCCCUUUCUCCCAUGAAGUGACCUAUGAUCUGUGACCAAACUGUAGCAGUGGGUCAUUACCACGACAACUUCCUGCCACAGGUCAGUGGGCGGAGACACCUUAUCUAUCAUGUGGCCUGGGAGGACCAAUCAAACUGCAUGGUCAGUAUGAGGAUUCAAAUGGGUUCUAAGGAUUAAAUCAUUUUUGGGGUGAUUUUGAGGAGGAAUGGUGUCCUAUGGGGUUAUACCCUUCGUUUGGAGAACUGCCACGCGACUCAGAGUACUCACUGUGUAGAAGAGAUGGAUUUGCUAAAUGUUUUCAAACAGCUGACUUGUUCCAUUGGCAUGAACAGACUAUGAAUUGUGGAUCCAGCGAAACUGCGAGACAACUGAUCUCCAUAGCUUCAUAGCUUCCUUUUCAAUGCUUAAAGAUAAAAAUAUAAUUUUUAUUUUGUAAGCUGCGACUUCUGAGUUGACGCUUCUGAGCAUUUUAUGGAUAACGAAAACAGCUUCGAGGCAUCAGUCGAAAUAAUUCCUGUUUGCCAAACUUCUAUUUUGUAAAUAAGAUUUCCUCAAGACCCCUUACACCGGAAUCUCUGUGCCAAAAGAUAGGUCUGUCAUCUGCCUCUCUGAUGCAAGCUACCUGUGGCUCUCUCAACUUUAAAGCAAUGCCACAUCAGCACCUCUGUCUGUAUUGUCUGGAUGUUUGCUUUGCUUUCUUGACAUUUUAUUUUAUUUUUUGACUUUCGGUUUCUGUGUUGGGUUUGGUCAGUCCGUCUGUGAAUCUGUGUUACAUAGCCGUUGAAUCAAAGCAACGAUGGGGGUACCUGCUACCUACGUAUGACGUAACUCACUCUUUUGAAAGUAAAAUGGCCAUCCUCACACACAAAAUAAAAGAUCCACAGGCCAAUAAAGUCCCUGUCACUUUUACCUAGGGGGGGGGG